AACAAACACAAAAUGUGAGACGAAAAACCCAGAUGAAGGGGCAAUUUGUGAAGGAGUUGCGCCCAUUAAUGUACUCAUUCGGUGACGAUGUCAACCCAGAUCCAGAGGCUACAAACGUUUUGGAAGAGAUAUUAAUAGACUUUAUAAUGGAGAUAUGCUACAAAGCGCAAAAGGCUAGUGGAAAUAGAGGUAAAAUAAAGAUUGAGGACAUUAAAUUCGUCUUGAGAAACGAUCCUAAGAAGUUGAACAGAGUUGAGGAAUUGCUGUAUAUGCAGGAAGAUAUUAAGAGAGCUAGAGCGGCCUUUAAUGAAGGUGAUAUCAUACAAGACGCUGUGAAAUCAAACAGGGGCACAAAACGCCCUGCUAGUCCAUCAACUUGAACUUGUAACUUCUCGCUGCAGUAAACGCUAUAAUUGUACAACUAAUUGACCAAAUAAUGAAAUUUCUGAAGCUUUUCUUAGAGAUUCUCCUCUCAUCUUGUGCGCUCCUUGAGGAUGCAAAUAUCGCACGUAGAUUUGGUAAUGUCAUAGUUGAUC